AUGAAACGCAAACAAACUUCUUCUGAUGAGGAUCCCCUACAGGCACCGACAACACCUCAGAAACGAAGACCAACCCCCGAGAAUACUGCCGAGUGUGAUUUUGCCAAUUGCACUUCAAAUCUGAGCUCGACGUCGACACGGUUAAGACGUCGCCUAAAUACAAAGCCCACAAGCUCGCCGGCCGAGUUACCGAUCCCAAAGUCUAAGAGAGUCGCCGCUUGUUUAACCCCGAAAAGGUCGAACAGAGCUUUGAAUGCCGUGGAGAACACCCCGUCUCGGUCAAGAAAUGCUGACCGCUCUGCAAAGAAAAAGAGCUUGGGAGUAUUGUUAAACCCGAAUGACGAUGAUGCAUGGGAUGGAAACGAAAAACUAGCUCAGCAAAUAUGGGAUAUACAAGAUGAUGAUGUAGCAGAAGAUGAGCUAAAUUGGAAUCAGGAGAAUGACGAUGCCCUUGAAAAGAUAGGUGACGCUUCAGAGGAGCCCGGUGUGUCACAAAACCAUGGGAAACAACCCAGAGCACCCAGACACCGGCGCACUCCGACUCCAGAGGGCGAUAUUCCACCGCACGAGAAGUACUUUUUCCAAAAUCGCCCUGGACCGGUAUUGACGUCGGACAAUACCCUCUCCAACUUAAGUCUCUUGACCCACGAGGAGUAUUUUGAGCAUUUGGAGAAAUUACCCGAUAAACAUAGCAAGAAUAAGAAGUCUUUAUUGGAGAUACAUGCACGAUCAUUUCCACAGUGGAACUUUGAGUUGAGCCAGGGAUUCAAUGUGUGUCUUUAUGGAUAUGGGUCAAAGAGAUCUCUGUUGCAGAUGUUUGCGGACUGGGAAUAUACACGGCAUAUGGUACCCUGUCCUAUCGUGAUCGUAAACGGUUAUACAACAAAUAUCACUAUCAGAUCCGUAUUUGCAACAAUUAUAAAAGCAGUGAUGGGCCCUAAUGCUCCAUCGAAACUUGGAACCCAGCCAACUGAAGUCCUAGAUUUACUACAGUCUAAGCUGGCUUCAAACCCACCAGCGCGACCUGUACUUGUCCUUUUGAAUUCCAUUGAUGCAUUUUCGUUACGUCGCCAAUCCCACCAAGCCCUUUUGGCUCGCCUUGCCAGUCUCCCCCAGAUCAACUUCGUCGCCACGGCUGAUACACCAAAUUUUUUACUUUUAUGGGAUAUCAGCCUACGAGACCAGUUCAACUUUGCCUUCCAUGACUGUACAACCUUUUCUCCAUACGACAUAGAAUUCAACGUUGUAGACGAAGUUCACAGUUUGCUAGGACGCAAAGUUCGACGAAUAGGAGGAAAACAAGGUAUAGGAUUUGUCCUCAAAAGUCUUCCAGAGAAUACGCGAAAGUUGUAUCGCCUCCUUAUUACUGAGCUUCUCAUGAUAAUGGGGGAUCAGCAACAUUCAGAAAAUGUGGAGGGCGAUGAGCCUGAUACCAAUAACAGGCAAAAAGAUGCUGCUAUUGAAUGGCGCUCACUGUUCAACAAAGCCACUGAAGAGUUCAUAUCUUCCUCGGAACUCAUGUUUCGAACACAACUCAAAGAGUUCUAUGAUCACCAGAUGGUUGUUUCCCAGAUAGAUUCAAGUGGUGUGGAGAUGCUUGGUGUUCCCCUUUCACAAGAAGAGAUGGAAAGUGUCCUUGAGGAUUUGGUUAUAGAAUAA